CAAAAACGAAAACGUAACCAUCUUUUAAUCAUUCUGAACUAAAACUCUUUUUUAAAUGGUUUUUAAACCGUUAGUAACAUCAUUUCGUUCUGACUUAGCAGUUUAAUUGAGCAGUCUUUUAACUAUGAACAUGCUGUAUGACUGAGAGUGAGACGAUCAUCAAACAACUCAACAGAGAUGGGUCGCCACCAAGAGAAUCCAGCGCAUCGGUAUUUCUUUUAUGACAAGGUCUCUAAUAAAUCUUUCUGCAAAAUUGAAGGAUGUGGGGCAGAAAUAUCUGGGCACCACGGAGGCAACCUGCAGAGACACCUUCAGCGUAGACAUCCAGCAGAGCAUGCUGAGACCACUGCCCAAAAGAGACCAGCAUCUGCAGAUGGACUAAUGACUCUGGACAUGGCUGUAGUGAAAAGGCCAAAGAUUUCAGGCCUACAUGUCCAAUUAAGUCCCGAUAUCAUAAAAGAUGCAUGCAUAGAGCUAGUAACCAUUAACGGGAGACCGUUGUCAUUAAUGGAGGACUCGGGCUUCAGAAAAAUUAUAGAUCCAAUACAAGAGGCUAUUGGAAAUGGCUUUGCCAUCAAUUCAACAAACAUCUGUGAAAUGGUGUCAGAUGUUGCUCAAGGGGAAAGAGAACAGCUCAAGAAUGAGUUAAAUGGAAGACUUCUGAUGCUUAAAAUUGAUUCAGCUACAUGCAGAGACCGAAUUAUUCUUUGCAUAAAUGUACAAUAUGCUGAUGAAGAAAAAAUUGUGAUGCAUACAUUGGCCGUUAAGGAGUUAACGGAAAGGCACACAACCGAAUACAUCUCAUCAGUUGUGAAGGAUGUCUUGCAUGAAUAUAAUGUAGAAUUGCGCCAAGUGUACUCUGUAACGUCAGAUAAUGGCGUUAACAUGAUGAAAGAAGUUUAUUUACGGUCUGAUAUGCCAGAUGGCCUGUCUAACGAUGAGAAUGAAACCGUUGCCCCGAAUACACAGGUUAAAGAGGAGCUAACUGAGGCCGAAGUUGGAAAUCUGGAAUUAGACAUUGAACUUGAUUCUGUGACGCAAGGACACGUGUUGCACAGUAUAAGGUGUCCUGCUCAUACUUUUCAAAUAGCAGUUGAAGAUGCAUUAAAAGAGAAACGGUCAUCCAGCUUGAUUUGUGAAGCAAGGCGCAUUGCGAAAGAGUUGCGCACGCAGAACAUCGUCAUUCCUCUGAAAAAAAUGGGACAUGAGAGGGCCACUGUCGACAGUGCGAAGUGCUGGCAGUCAACACACGAUAUGCUUGAGCAGCUUUUGGAGCUCAGGAGCUUCUGUGAGGAGAUGUCGCCAGCCAUUAAAGAACUGCAUUUAAAUGAGAACGAAUGGCAGGACAUAGCCAACUUCGUGUGCGCAUUGAAACCUGCGAAAAUUGCGAUGAAAAGCCUCCAGUCUGACCAUCUCACGGCAGGUGACUUCUACGGCGUUUGGCUCCAAUGUGUACUGUGCACAGACAAAAUUGACAACCUCUUUGCCAAACGACUAGUCCAGUGCCUCACAGUACAGCAAGCUACACUUUUUGAUAGUGACGCCUUUGUAGCUGCUUUAUUUCUCGAUCCUAGAUAUCGACUUUUUCUUACGGAACAUCAAACUGAAAGGGCUAAAAUUCACUUAACUCGUGCCUGGGAUGCCAUUGAAUAUUUAUCUGGCAACAACGCGACUGACAGUGCACAGUGCACACCAUUCCAGUCAUCCGAGGAAGACGAUGAGAUUGAACAGCUGUUAUUGGCAAAAGAACUGGAGGCCACAACAGUGCGAAGUUUUGACGUUUCCAUAACAUCUCUUUUGGACAUUUACUCGAGAGGAGCACGUCUUAAGCGUAGCGAGUGUCUUUUCAAGUACUGGGCAAGCGUUGCAACAACUAACCCAGACUUACAUAAACUUGCUAUGAAUGUCAUUGCACUCCCUGUAACGCAAGUAAGCGUAGAACGUGCAUAUUCAUGCCUCAAGUUUAUCCUUUCUGAACCGGCACUGUCGAUGAACAAACAGGUCCUGGAAGACAUUCUUUUCUUACGUUUAAACAAACAAUAUGGACUUGUAGUAAAUUACAAGUGAUUCAGUAGCCUGUGUUUUAAAGUUUGAGGUUUUGUGGAGGAAAACUCAGUCUAGUGUGAAUGAGAGACAUAAAUGUAGCGAAAUCAAUGCGCUUUCAAAUAAAAACAUAGUAGUGAGGAAGUGGCCUAAGGGGCCAUUCGCACCAAAUGUGUGUUGGCAUCCAUCUGCGCUGGUUGUCAAUUGUUUUUUUUUUUUAUGUAAACAUGCACUGCUUGGAUAUCUUUGACCAUUUCGCUGUCGCAGUUGUUGUUGUUUUUUUGCAUUUUGCGAAGGAGUGCCACGUUUUUUAGAUGACAUGUCAAGUAAAAAGAACUUUAACUGUUAUAAACGCAUCUUGAGGCACCUGCAUUGUGUUCCAUUCCUUGUGUUGCGUCUAACUUUUUUUAACGCAAGUACGCAUUCGGUCUGAAUGGCCACUAAUACAUUAGUGCCAUUAUGGUUUACUUUAAUAUGUUUUCAAGUUAUUUAAUAUUUUAGUUACAGAAAAGUUCAAUUGCCAGUUCUUCUCGGAGAAGAAUGCACAAAGAGGGUUGAAUCGAUCCAGUAUGAUAUGGAAAAAGUUUGUGAACCCUUUGGAAUUAGCUGGUUUUCUGCAUUAAUUGGUCCUAAAAUAUGAUCUCAUCUUCAUCAAAGGCACACAUAUAGACAAAGCACAAUGUGCUUAAGCUAACAACACACAAACAAUUAUAAUCGUUCAUGUCUUAACUGAAUCCUAUUAAACAAUCAGUGGUGUGGAAAAAGUAAAUGAACCCUAGGAUUUAACAACUUGCCAAUCCUCCUUUGGCAGCAAUAACCUCAACCAAGCGUUUCCGGUAGCUGCGGAUUAGACCUGCACAACAUUCAGAAGGAAUUGUAGACCAUCCUUCCUCCCAGAACUGCUUCAGCUCAGCCAUAUUCUUAGGAUGUCUGGUGUGAAUGCCUCUCUUGAGGUUAUUCCAUAGCAUCUCUAUUGGGGUAAUGUCUGGACUCUGACUUGGCCACUGCAAAAGACUCUACAUAAUCUGUAAAAGUUGUCAACAGUGAAAUUUUUCACAUGCACGCAAUAGUUAUAUUGAAUUUCAUUUGUUUUACUGUAUAUGUUUAUGUAAAGUGAAUAAAUAAACACUGAUUAUAACAAUUGUCGAUCAUCAAUUUAAAUUGAGGAUAGAUUUUUAUUUUUUUUAUAAUCCAGUUGAAUCCAGUAGGGCUUCUGACUCCCUUUUUUUAUUACUACAGCAAUAUAUAUAUAUAUAUAUAAUGUAUGUAUAUAUAUUAUCAUAGCCUUUUCAUUCAUUCUUCAACUUGUUACUCUAUUGUUGGGUUUAGGGUGAAGCAUAUCUCAGUUACUGUUAUUCUUGGAAAAUGAGAAAAAGACAUCUGCAGUUGUGCUAUAGUGUCUUCUAUUGAUUUGACCACAUGGUGGCGCUGUUUAUUUGUUAAAAUUGUGCUGUUACUUGUCAUAACAGUUACAUAAGUACACCUGUCACUCAACUACAUACCAUAUUCAAUGAGUCACACAGCAGGAAUGCCAUGUCUGGUAGUAACAUGCACAUGGAUCAUUGUAAGGCUCUUUGCAUUGAUGGUUAAAACCAAAGGGAGGAUUUUUAAAUUUCCUUCCCUUGGAUAUUUUAAUUUCUUUAUUGAUAAGAGUAAUUUAUGGAAUGCUAUGCAAAGAGUUUUCCCUUCCAUAUCAUGUUUGUAAAAAGUUACACCAUUGUAAGUGUGCACAAUCUGUCUAACCAAAAUUGCAUUUAUUACUGUUUGUAUAUGUGUUGUCCCUUCUUUGUAUAAAACAUUUCUGAGACAUCUUCAACCAAAUGCUAUUGUCAUUCUGUUUAGGCAUGAUAAUUGUUCUUCCACGUGAACUUAGGUAUGAACUCUCUUGCUGCUAAUCUUUUAGACAAAAGCA